AUGCGCAGCUCAGCUCUUCUCCUCGCCUCUGUGGCGUGCUCGACUGCGUCGGCCGCCGAGACUGUCCUCGGCGUCUACAUCUUUUCCAGACAUGGGGAUCGGACUGCAAAGGCAACACCGCCAUCCGGUCUCACAGACCUUGGCUACGAGGAAGUUUUCACCUCCGGCACCUACUAUCGCAGCCGCUACAUCGCCAGCGAUGGCAGCCGCCCCAUCCACGGCAUCGAGCCCGACGUUGUCAAGCUCUCUCAGAUCACGGCCUCGGCGCCGCUCGACACCGUUCUCAUGCCAUCCGCCAUGGGCUUCCUCCAGGGACUCUACCCACCCGUCGGCGAGACUUUGGGCAGCCAGACACUUCGCAACGGCACCGUCGUCCAGACUCCGCUGAACGGCUUCCAGCUUAUUCCUGUGCAGACGGUUGCCAAUGGCGCCGGCAGCGAAAACGCCGCCUGGUUGCAAGGGUCGACGAACUGCGCCAAUGCCCAGAUCAGCUCCAACAACUACUUCCUCAGUUCCCAAUACAAAGCGACCUUGAACCGCACACAGGGCUUCUACAGGGACAUGUAUCCUUUCGUGAACCGGACUUUCACCGAGUCCCAGACUAGCUUCCAGAACGCAUACACCAUCUUCGAUCUGCUCAACGUGGCUAGCAUCCACAACGCCAGCAUCCCCCUUCCCGACGACGCCGACUUCUUCCAACUCCGCACCCUAGCCGACCAACACGAAUGGGGCCUUGCGUACAACGAGAGCGAACCUAUCCGGGCCGUCACUGGCGCUGUAAUCGGCGCCCAGGUGGUCCAGGCCCUUAACGGCACCAUCAGCGGCAAGGGCCAGAACGUGUUCAACGUGCAGUUCGGCGCCUACGGCGGGAUGUUCUCGUACUUUGGCCUGGCCAACCUCACGGCUGCCAGCCCCCUCUUCUACGGCGUUCCUGACUACGCCUCCAGCCUGGUGUGGGAGCUUGUGACGAACGCCACGGUGGGAAGCGGUUCCGCCGCCUACCCCUCGGCGGACGACAUUGGCGUGCGCUUCUACUUCCACAACGGCACCACCUCCAACAUCAGCGAGCCCGUCGAGUUCCCACUCUUCGGCACCGGCCGCUCUCCGAUCCCCUGGUCCGAGUUCGUUGCAUCCUCGAACAAAUUCGCCAUCGGCACGCAAGCCCAGUGGUGCCACGCCUGCGGCAACUCCACCGGCGUAUGCAGCCCCAGCGCGCUGGGCGAGGGCAGCUCUAGUGACGUCGGGUCUUCCAGCUCCAGCACCAGUACGCCAAAAGACCAUCACGGUGGCGGCAUCAGCAAGGCUGUGGCCGGCGUGAUCGGCGCCAUGGUCACCCUGGGCGUCAUCCUCGGUGCAGAACUGCUGAUCAUGCUGGUCGGCGGGCUCCGCCUCGUCAGCAAGCGAAGGCUCUCCCGGACCGCGAGCGAUGGGUCCAGCGGCGCUGGUGGUGUUCAGGCGGCAAAGGCCUAG